UAGUGGCUAGCACCCAUGCUAAUGCUAUCAUACAGCUUGUGCUCGUCACAGACGAUCAGAUAAAUGCAGCAGUAUCGUCGUAAUGAAGUGUUUAAGGACACGCACAAGCCCAGGUGAAAAAGCGAAGAUGUGGCUGCAUUAAAAAAAAAAAAACGCACACACGAACACAUAAUGGACGAGGAGAGCGAGUUGACAUCCUUUACCUCGGUUUCUGAUUACAAAUAUCAGAGGAGACCGAGGAGAGAGGCUGAUGAUCCUCAAACAGCUUCAGCCCCUCUGAUCCUGCCCAAUCCAUACGUGUCCAACCCAACUUUAACAAGGAACUGGUCAAAUUUGAUCCCAAAACCACCAGGAAAAGAAGGAGAUGGGUCCAGGAGUCAUGGCUACAGCAGCCACCGUCCUGUCAGAGAAACCAGUGUCAAAGAUCGAGGAAAGGCAUCUAAAAGCCGCAUUAACUCUCAGGGAAGGAUUGUGGGUAAAAACUCAGUGGAUGCGCAGAAAAAAGGUGUCGAAGGUGUCAGGUCGGCCCCAAACCCUGCAAGGAAGUCGGCACAGACCAACUUUGUCCCGUUUGAAGUGAAAAUGGCUGAUUUUCCAAUACUAGCUGGUGAUUUACAGUCGGAAGCGGCUCGAUGCACAGCUCAGAAAGAGCGUUUGGGUCCAAGUUAUCAAACUGCAAACCCCCAAGCACAACCAACUUCCUGGAAGGUCAGGAGAGGAGCCGCAGCACAGAAGGACUGCUUGCAACACCUUACUGAUGCUAAAGUCACCACCCCUGUUAGCCCAGCAGCUCCACCAGUGGUGACAUCCUGGGCAAAUAUUGCCUCCCAGCCUCCAAAAACCCGACCUGUUUUCCCGGACAAGACAUUCAGCGGCAGCACCAUGCAGACAGAAGACUUUGCUGCAGCGAAUGAAGACGGAGCCACAGGAAAGAAAAAACGAAAAAAGAAGAAGAAAGCCAAAGGUGGUGCUGAAGGUGCUGAAGCUGAGUCAGAGGAGCCAAUAAAUCCUCCAGAACCUCCAAGAUUUGAGGAUGAAGAGGAGUUUCCCGGCUUGGCUGCUGCUCUAACUGGAUCUGAUAGGUUAAUACUCAGCAGCAAAACAAAGCUUUGCAGUGAGGAAAACCAAAAAGAAGUAGGUCAGCCCCCAAACAAGGAAAAAGCUCAGCCCACAGAAGCAGCUAAAAAGGGGCAGAAAGCAGAGAAAGUUUCUGGGAAAAAGAGCAAAGUUCCUGUUCAGCUGGAUAUCGGAAAUAUGUUGGCAGCCCUGGAAAAGAAGCAACAAUCUCAAAAAUCCAAGCAGGACACUAAACCCGUUAUUCUCUCAGUUGGUGGAGGACUUCCUGUUGUCCAGAAGCAAUCCUCUGCUCUGAAGAAGCCUCAUAAGCAGCAGGAUAAAAUUGCACACAAUCCCUUGGACUCGACGAGCCCUUUAGUCAAAAAAGGCAAACAAAGAGAGGUUCCUAAAGCCAAGAAACCUACUCCUCUGAAAAAGGUCAUUUUGAAAGAAAGAGAAGAGAGAAAACAAAAACGAUUGCUGGAGGAGAGAGGCUCGAUGCCUGAAAACGAGUCCGAACUCGCCAACGAUGCCGGCGAGGAGCAGAACGACGCCACAGUUUCAGAUGAUGACAGUUUUACGCCUAAAUUUGAUGAGGAUGCAGAGUUACAUGGUGCAAAUUCAGUCGAAGAAGAAGAAGCUGCUGAAGAAUCUGAUAAAGAUGAGCCCGUGCAGCCGGAGGCUGAGCUCCAGCAAGCCCCCGUACCUAAAAUUCACAGCAGGAAGUUCAGAGACUACUGCAGUCAGGUUCUGAGCAAAGACUUGGACGAGUGCGUGACGUCGCUCCUGAAAGAGCUGGUCCGUUUCCAGGAUCGUCUGUACCAGAAGGAUCCAAUGAAGGCCCGAAUGAAGAGGCGGAUCGUGAUGGGGCUUCGAGAGGUCUUGAAGCACCUCAAACUCAAGAAGGUUAAAUGUGUCAUCAUCUCGCCGAACUGCGAGCAGAUCCAGUCUAAAGGUGGCCUGGACGAGGCGCUCCACACCAUUAUCAGCAUGUGUCGUGAACAAGGUGUACCCUUCGUGUUUGCACUUUCCAGGAAAGCUCUGGGCCGCUGUGUCAACAAGGCUGUGCCCGUGAGCCUGGUGGGCAUCUUUAACUACGACGGUGCACAGGACUACUAUCACAAGAUGAUCGAGUUGUCUUCAGAGGCCAGCAGAGCGUACGAGGUGAAGCUGUCGGGCCAGGCUGACCCAGAGAUGGACCCGAACACAGAACCACCACCGUCGAACGAAUUUGCUGAGGAACCCACGCCCGAGCCCGACGAGCCCGAGUACAUCAAAUUCUGGAAGAAGGUGUUGGAGAAGAAAAACAACCACACACUUCUGAACUUUGAGGAGCAGCUCCGAUCGUUGCACUUGGACGGUGAAUGUACAGAAAACACUGAGGAGAGCUGAUGGUUGAAAAGAAUAAAAAGUAACGCAAACCGGGGGCUGCAAUCGUUAAAGAUUGGGUAAAUACAAAUUAAGCUUUUAUUUGCAAUGAGUUGGUGGUUUUACUUUGAGUGGAGCAGAACGGAACCAGCCGCUUGAAGAAAUCACAAAAUAUGAAUUUUCAGCCACGUUGUUUGUGGCCCUGAAUGAAUGUCUAAUAUUGUAGUUUUUAUAUCUGUAAAACUGUAUAGCAGUCAAUUACAGAAUACUAACAGAUUAUCAGGGAUGAUUUACCACUAUGUUUUGGAAUUGUUUUUCUUUUUUGUCCCCGUACUGGUGUUUCCUUGCAGCUGUAACAAGAGGGAGAUGAUCGUCGUACAACACGUAAUGGGAAACGAUUCAGAGCGGAUGAAGUCAUGGUCGUGUGUCUUUAUUGGUAAACAAAAGUCUGCGUAGGAAAUUGGCGCUCGAGCUUGUGUUGUUAGAGAAAAUGGACUCCAGCAUCUUUAAAGGUUCCCAUAUUUAAAUGGGAAUUCCUCCUUCACUCUGAAAUUUAGCUUUAAGUUGUAAAAACAGUGAAGGGAGAUCAGAUUUAUAAUUUAUUUUUAUUAUAAAAUAAAUUGAUACCAGCAAGUAAUGGCGAACUAAAUUUUUACACAUUACAGUCAGAAAUAUUUAGUUAUUUUAAUCAUUUUUUUUACAUCGACACAUUAUUCAUGGUUAUUUUAAAUCGGCACUUAAAAUUAUCUUUGGGUUAAACAAGCUUGGACUUCACAUGAUUUAUGUACAAAUUUUAUUACCCCAACUUCAAGUUUUCUACAUGUUCAAGGUAUUUCUCUUUAAUUUAUUUUGAGUUAUGUACAACCACCUCAUGUAAAAUAUUUAAAUUUUUGUUUGACUUUACUGCAAGAAUUUGUCGUUUAUGGAGAAACUGCAAAUUAUAUAAGCUGCCACAAUCCACUGUUAUUCCCCAUAAUGAGGAAAAAAGAUGCUAAACGAUAAUAAAUAACCCGAAGUGCUGAUUGACAAUCACGUUAAAUGAAGCAAUAAAUGAAGAAUGCUCCAAGAGAUGGAAAAUGUUUGUUUUAAUUCGUUCAACAGGCUGUAAGAACAUUGUGUAGUAAAAAUAUUUGUCUAAAUUACAGCUAAAUUAACACAAUUGUUGCUGUUGAUUCAAGAGUUUGGUUCAUUCAGGUUUGCAGUGCAGUUUAUUUUUACA